AUGGCGGUGAUGCUGCUGCAGGACUGGUGCAGGUGGAUGGGCGUCAGCGCUCGCAGGGGCCUGCUCAUCCUGGGCAUCCCAGAGGAUGAUGAAGCUGAAGUCCAAGAGAGUCUGGAGGCUGCCCUGUGGCCCAUGGGCCACUUUUCCGUCCUGGGUAAAGUGUUUCGAGAGGAAGACAAUGCCAGCGCCCUGGUGGAGCUUGACCGGGAAGUCAACUAUGCUUUGGUUCCCAGGGAAAUUCCAGGCACCGGGGGUCCCUGGAACAUGGUCUUUGUGCCCAGAUGCUCAGGCGAGGAGUUUCUUGGUCGUGUGUUCCACUUCCUGGAGCAACAGGGGCAGACAGUGGAGAGUGUGGCCGGAACCCUGGGGCUGGGGCUGGGGCUGCGCAGGGUGUGCUGGCUCCAGUCGGUCAGUCAGGCGGUCCAGCCCUGGGUGGAGACCAUGAGGUACCAGCGCCUGGGGGUGUUCUCCGAGGACCAGCCAGCCCCGGGGGAGGAAUCCUUUGAGGCUUGGCUAGACCACACUGCUGACAUGCUGCACGUGUGGCAAGGGGUCUCAGAAAGGGAGAGGAGGAGGAGGCUGAUAGAAGGCCUUCAAGGGUCGGCCCUGCAGCUCAUUCAUGGGCUCCUGGUGGAGAACCCUACCAGGACCGCGCAGGACUGCCUGGAGGCCCUGAUCUAGGUGUUUGGAGACAAGGAGUCCCCGGCGACCCUCCGGGUGAAGUGUUUGACUGCUUAGCAGCAGUUGGGUGUGUCUGCUUUUGUGUUGCGACUGGAAGUCUUGCUACAGAAAGCCAUUGAGAAGGGGGCCCUGGCUCGAACCUCAGCCUACCACUUGCGCCUAAGGCAGGUGCUCACUAGGGCCAACCUUACUGAGCCACUGGAUGAAGCCCUGAGGACGCUGAGAAUGGUUGGGAGGUGUCCAAGUUUCCUGGAGAUGCUGGGGCUGGUUCGGGAGUCUGAAGCAUGGGAGGCCAGUCUAGCCAGGAGCGAGAGAGCCCAGCCAGAAGAAGGGGCUGCUGUCCAGGCCGCUGUCCAGGCCAAUGCCCAGGCUGAUGCCAGAGCCAAACCUAAGGCCGAGGCAGGUGCAGGAGGUCCUGGUGGUGAGCCAGAGGGCCUGGCCCAGGCAGGAGACAAGGAGGCCGAGGACAACCCCCAGGAGGGGCUCAAACCCAUCCCGGAGGAGUCGGAAAAUGAGGAUGGGGUUGGGGAGAUAAGCUCCCCCAAGUCCUCCCCAGGCAAAUAG